UAUGGUUUUGAUAGCACGUUUGUCAGUGUGACUGGCUGUUUAGUUUCCCCUAGCAUUGACGAGGUUUUUAUUUGGUAAUAUAUCCCGAUUGGAACCUGUUUUUUUCCUGUUUACAUGUGUCCAACAUAGGUGGAGACAACAUCAGGUAUGUCUUGGCAUCCGUUUUAUGUGGUGGAUCUGAGUCUGGGUUCGGAUUUAUUGAAAUGACACUAAAAUUUCGCAAAAAGACGGGCCGUGGUGCCAGCAGACUGUUGUUAGAGGACGGUAAAUAAGAGCCACCGGUUCCAUUUACGCCGUUUUAACGGGGGCUCCCGUUGAGGGCCUGCGUUGGUGGUGUCUUUUUGUUGUUGUUGUUUUUAAAUUAGAUUUACUUUUAACUGGCGGUUCGGUGCCUUCCACCGGACCGGGACUUGAGUUAAGUGCCUCCUGGUCCUAUUGGAGCUACAAAGGGAGGAGGUGUUCGAGCAUGGAGGGCCCGAGCCGAAGCGCUGGACUCCGACACAACCGACGGUCCCGUUCGCAGCGCGACAGGGAGCGGCGGAGGAGGAGGGUGGACCUGGCGGAGCAGCGGGCCACAUCCCUGUCCUCGGGCUCCGAUCGAGAGGCUCGUGGGACCAACAAUGUCCUGGGUCCCCGUGGGAGAGAAUGUCGGCCCGGAUUUGGGAGACACAGGCCUCCACGUCGGAGGAAGAGAGAGUCCGUGUCCUGCGAGGAAGACAUCAUCGAUGGCUUCGCCAUUGCGAGCUUCAUCAGCUUGGAGGCUCUGGAGAUGGACUGUUCUCUGAAGCCCAAUCAGCGCACUGAUAUGCUGGGCAGGAGAAACAAGGGAAAGAGAGGCCCGGAGGAAAACGGUGGAGGGCCGCUGUCUGAGCCCGAGGAAGGAGUCCCGCACAGUUACCCCAGCAGCUGCUGGAAGAAGAGUAGAAAUAAGAGAAGGAAGAUAGAGGGUCCUCAUUUGGAGACUGGUUACAUUUGUGACACUGAGAGUGACGCAGGAGACAAGGCCUCCGACAACGACAUGGACCUGGUGUUCACAGUCAGCACCAGAAAAGUUGUGGAUCCUGCUCCUGCAAACAUGAGCACAUCCAUGGGCAAAACCUGCCCGUCUCUGUCGGCACGUUGUGGAGGGGUGUCGCGGUUCAUGGUGACCCCGCGAGUAUCUGGCCUGGAGCGAAGUCAGGAGAAAAGCCUGGAGCCGCACUUCCCAGAUCCGGUUUCUUCUUCUACCUCUUCGGUUUACCUUCCUCGCCGGUCUUCCCACUCCCCGGGCGCAGCCUCAAGCGCCGUCCCCCGAUCCAGCCCGAUGAACGGGAACAGUACUCGCCACAACAGCAGCCCACCACUCUCCAAACCCAAACCCUUCCUCACGUUGCCUCCACGGUCCCACCCCAUCUACAGCAGGAGCAGCACUCCAGCCAAGCCGCCAUCGUCUGCAUCAUCCGUUGCCUCAUCCUUAAUGCGCCCUCCAACUCCUUCCACUAGCGUCUCUCUGCCCUAUAAUCGGGGUUCGGGCUCCUCGGGGCCCCUCCGACCCCCUUCCCGAGCCAACUCGGGGCCCUUCUUCACGUCUUCACCCGGUCUGCCUCCCCCUCCACCUCUGCUACCUCCUGCCAACUCAACAGCAGCAGAGCGUGAGGGCAGACGCAGCGUGCCAGGGGAUGAAAAUAACUCCACGGCAAUGGGCCGCGCCACACCCGGUGCUCCAUCGAGCUCGGCGUCGAGCUCAUCCGGCCGGACGUCUCAGAACCAGACGAGCAUCCAACCACUGGCCUUCCAGUUCCAUCAGCACAACCACCAGCACCAGCACACGCACACGCACCAACACUUCACGCCCUUCCUGCACCCCUCAGCCACUGCACCUCCCCUGUUCGAGAAGUAUCCCGGCAAAAUGGACGGAUUGUACCGACAUCCUUUCUUCCCACAAUACACACCACCCCCAGUGUCAAGUAUUCAGCCUGUGAUUCCUCCCUCUGGGCCUUUUAGCUCUUUGCAGGGAGCAUUUCAGCCAAAGGGAACGGCUCCUGAUCUAACAGCACGACUCGGGGUUGUGCCUCACCACCUGCAGCCCAAGGACCCCAGGCUAACUGAUCCUUUUGGGACAUCGUUGAAAAUCAGUAAUAAACCGGGGAAGUGGUGUGCUAUGCAUGUACAUGUGGCCUGGAUGAUUUUAAGCCACCAGAGAAAAGUAAAGCUGAUGCAGGCUGAUCCUCACAAGUUGGACUUCCGGAGUGACCUGCUGGCCCGUUUUCCAGGAGCUGUAGGUCUGGGCCAACUGGGGCCCAUGGGAGGAGCCUUGCCUCCAACUCACGACUUGACCAGACCUCCCAAUCUCUUCCCAGCUGCAGGUGCAGUCAAUCCAUCUUCAGCGCCUUUCAUGUCUCCGUCAGCACCACACUCCUCUUUCCUCCCACCGGCUGUACACUUAGAUCCGUAUGGUCGAUCCCCACCCUUUCCUCCACUGGGAGCUCUUGGUUCUGGUGCCUUUGGAGGACUUGGCAGCCCAACACUGGCUGGCUCUAUGUUUGGCCCUAAAGACCCACCGCCCAAUGCAGUUGGGGGCUUGUCCAACUCCAACCAUCACGACGCGUGGAAUCGUCUACACGGUGGUCCUUCUGGGUUCCCCGCAGCCCACAGCUGGGUUAAAGCAGCAGAAAAAAGGGACGAGAGGGAUCGAGGGAAAGACGGGGAGAGGAGAGAAAUCCUCCACAUCAAGGAUGAAAAGGACAGAGACAACAUGCUGUAUGGCCGACAACCUGUGAGAAUGUCUCCAGUCGCCCCCUCCUUCAAGCCUCGCAGUAGCACCCCAGUCUCCCACAUAAACGGACACAGUAGUGCCCUGGGGGGGAGUGGUGGACCCAUCGAGGACCUGACGCGAGGCCUAAAGAGAGACAGAGACCGCGAGAGAGACAGAGAUGGAGACAAGAGGCCGGUGACAUCGGUGUCCUCGAGAGGUCCCCCUCUUGGCUCUUCACCUUUAGUAGCAGAAAGGGACAGACCGCGGUCUUCCUCGUCUUCUGUGCUCACCACUCCACCACCUUCCAACCGCUCAGUCCCCUCACCUUUGGACUUUUAUCCUCGCUCACAGACUCAGAUGGUACACAGCCUCCACACCGACCCUUCACACCCCCAAAGAGACAAUAACCUCCCCGCUUCAUCUACAGCGACUUGCUCUGCUGCUUCUUUGUCUCAGGCCAAGAAGCCUGACCGCACCACAACGCCUCUCCCUAAAGCUCUGCCUUUCCCGCCGGUUAAAGUCAAAGAGGAGAAGAAAGAAGAGCCAGAGAACAACUCCAGCUCUCUCCAUUCUUCUGUGCCUAGUCACAGCUUUGACCGCCCCAACAGCCAUUCACACCACCACAGUUCUGGGACUCCAUCUUCUUCUCUGUCACUCACUCCCACUCCCCUUGCACCACCCACUCCAAGCACUCCCACCCACCUGCCCCUGCUGGACCGCUCUAGAGCAAUUGAAGCAUUAGUUGCAGGUCCAGAACGCUUUUCACACCAUCAAGGACCGCCCCAGGGUCCACACAGCUUCACCUGGGACCCCUGGAGAGAAGCGGCAGCUCAGCAUCGCAGAGAAGCGUUGGCACUUCAGUCAGAUCCACAUCUCGCCCUGCGGUCAGGUCCACAUCUGGCUCGGCUCUUCCAUCAGAGACAAUUUCUAGAGGCAGAAAGAGCUGCAGCUGUAGCUGCAGCAGCCGCGGCUGUACCUCAGCACCCUCCCAUUUCUACCUCCACCCCCUCCUCCUCUGCUGUUCGCCCUGAGUUCGGCCUGAUGGCCUUUGAUCGCCCCCAUCAGCUCGGACCCCCAGUUGGCAGGCUCAUUGAAGAGGAGCAGCGAGCCCAGAUCUUGAGGGAAGACUUUGAGCGCGUUCGCUACUUUGGGAUACACCCACACCUCCCCCCUGGCUCUCAUCUUUCAAGCCCAGCUGCCGCUCACCUGGAACAGCUCCAUCAUGGCCUUAUCCCCCACCCCCUCUCCUCAGGAGCCAGCGCUGCUUCCCAACACCACCCCGGCCUGUACUCUCGUCUGGGUCCGAUCGCCCCGCACCACAUGCCCAACGGCAUCUUCUCAAAGGCCACUGCAGACUUGGUUGGAGCUCUUUCAGUGGGGGCACCGCCUCCGCUCAUUCCGUCCAUCACCAGUCGGUCGUCUACGCCUCCUCGUGGCUCAAGACUCGGAGGGCCAGGUGAGCUGGCGCUGUACAGCACCCACAAAGAUGGAGAGUCCAGAUAGUACUGGGACAACACUGGAGGAGAUGAAGGGAAAUGUCUGGAUCACUGUGCUACUCUCAACCUGUCCACUUUUCCUUUUAUAGACUACUAAACCUUCCCAGUUACACAACCAAACCAGCUCCAACCCCCCGCCGAGGAAAAACUAAUAAAAAGAACUAUGAAAUGUAACCGUGAUAGGCUGGAGUUGAUGGUUUGGAUCAAAAUGAAAGACUCACAAGAUGCUCGUUGGUUUUAUCGGUGCAAUUUAAGGGUCACGGUCUCUGUGCAUCCUUGAUGUUUUUUGUUUUGUUGCCUGUUGUUUGUUACAGCGCAGAGUUUUAAAAGCUGUAAGAAGCUGAUGACAGAUUUUUGUUGUUUAUCGGGUGAUUUAGGACCCGUGCUUUUAAGCAAGCCUUUUCCGGGUGUAUUAAAAAUGACUUCCAGAGAGUUAAACACCUUAAAUUUUCAUCUUUAACUUGGUUUAACUAAUAAGAUGUUUGACCAUCCUCUAGUCUUCAACGUAAUCAGGUAGAAAGGUUUGUUCAAUACUGCGGUAAAGUGGCGCUUUCUCUUGUUUUUAUGUCUGUCACUGAGAAAAUGCAGAUUACUGUGAGACCAUUUAGAUCAGAUCAGUAAACAUCAUACCUCAGUUUCCUGGUUUACCCACAAAUAUAACUCCAGACUUUCACCGUCACUGAUAAUUUGUUCAUGUUUGGCAGUUUUUGUUUUGUUAGUUUAUAAAGGGGUGUAUGGUAAAAUGAGCUGUGCUACACUGUGUGAGUGAACAGUGUUUUAGAGCUUCCUUUAACCCUUUCCCAGUCUCCUCUUGACUAUAUGAGCAGGACCAGAUUAUAGUAGUCUAGAGAAAUUGCCUUUGUAAUUAUUAUUCGUGACAUUGAUUAUCUUCUAUAAUAAUAAAUAUAUUCAUUAUGUUUUUUUGUCAUUGUUUGGUUAUCAACCAGCACUCUCUCCGCAGGAAGUAAUCAUGUUAAAGGCUUGCUUCACGGAAACCUUUUUAAUGCUUGUGGACAUUUAAAAGCCUUAUCUGUUGCAGCCUCCGGCCACUUCGAGGAACUGAGCUGAGAGCUUUGCCUGAGUCACUGGUUGUGCACUAUUUGUUGGGACUGUGGGAGCUUGUACAUUGAACUGUUGAGCUGUUUUUGUCAACAAAAAUAAGUUAUAUACACACAAAAAAAACGUGAAACAUCUGCUGAAGAACUGAAAAAAGAACAAAGGAUGUGUCAAAAUGCAACUGAGACAAGUGGGCGUCCUGAGAGGGAAAAGACUGGGUCGGAUAUUUUAUUAUGACCAUUUUAUACCUUUCAACCCCUCCCCUAGAGACCACAAAG